CUCCAUUGAAGACAAGCAGCCAUGCGUAUCAAAGUCAAGGUACGCCAUGCAUGUCACGAAGUCCCUCUGCUUACGUCCAGACACUGACAGGCAAAGAAAUUGAGCUUGAUAUUGAGCCAAGUGACAAAAUUUCCCGCAUCAAGGAGCGCGUGGAGGAAAAAGAGGGUAUUCCACCACCUCAGCAACGUCUUAUCUUUGGCGGCAAGCAGAUGUACGCCGUCCCAAUGUCUUUGAACCGAUCUGACUGUAGGAAUGAUGAAAAGACUGCUACAGAAUACGGCGUCGAAGGAGGCAGCAUUCUACAUCUUGUGCUCGCGCUACGCGGUGGUCGCUAGG